GGGGGAGGGUUCUGGGGGUUUAAACCCCCCCCGAAAAGUUAAGAUUAACAUCUCAUCCAUUCCCAUUCUUACGCUAAGAUAGGUAUGUGGUUUGGUUGGAUUCUAUCACCCGGCCCGCGCUUCGUCACACACAAUCGUUUAACCGAUCGCAUUCGGUAACCUUCGUAUAUUUUCGUGCCGUUUCGUAUCCCACGCGCACGCACUUGUCGUGUCGUGUUCAUUUACCAACGAUCAUCGAGUGAGAGUAGUAAAGCAGAGGACAAUAAUUUACAGUGACUAUUAUUAGAGGUUAUUUUGUCAUUUUUGUGAUACGUAAGUAGAUUUAUAAUUUCCACUACUUAUUACGUUUAAAAUAGCAAUACUAAUAAAAUGAGAAUUAAUUAAUUAUUAAUUCUCAUGGAUGGGUGUACUUAUUGCUGGUUAGAUAAAUAAAUAGAUAGUAUUUUUUUAUUAUUUUAGAUUACGAGAAAAUGGAGAAAAAGAAAAGAAAAGGCGAUAAACUUAAAGGUAUGGAGUAUUGGAAAAAGUGGUGUGGUUCACCGGCUACCCGUAAACAAGAGAAUUUGGGACCAACAACUAGUUUGCAUGCUGACAAUAAAAUUGUGAUCACAAGCGAGCCUUCGACUUCAUUUACGGUAUCCAAUGUCGAGACCGAGUCGGUGGUGUCGCCAGCGCCCUGUUUUAUACCUACCACUACCGACCCUUCACUUAGCCUAGAACCGACCAGCAGCAGCACCAGCUCAUCUGUUACGUCAUCUUCACAUUCUUCUAAAUUGGAUGUUGGUUUUUAUGCGACUGAAGACAAUAUCGAGAAUGAAUAUCUAAAGGCCCAAAUUUUAAAAGAGCCUUGGACUCCACCUCAAGAUUACAAGUUUCCCAUUUCUACAAAACGAAAUUUGCGCUUUCAAAUGAAAUGGAUGGAAAGAUUCCCCUGGUUGGCAUAUUCUGAGUAUAAAAGUGGAGCAUAUUGUAGAAUUUGCGUCGUAAUGAGACGUUCGCUUGAUGAAGGUAAAGGGGGCCAUCAGCGGGUCGGCCAGCUUGUAACCGAUCCUUUUUGCAAGUGGAAGAAUGCAUUAGAAAUAUUUGAAACUCAUGCAAAAUCAGGAUAUCACAAACGAAAUUUGGAACUCGCAGAUAACUUCCUAAAAGUAAUGUCUUCUCAGGUUGUUUCAGUUGAUGAGCAGUUGUCUUCUGAAAGAAAAAGACAGCAACAAGAAAAUCGAAAAAAACUAAUCCCCAUCGUAAAAGGAAUAAUUUUUUGCGGCAAACAAGGUAUACCUUUAAGAGGUAAAACUGAUUCGGGACGGAUUCACGUUACACCGGAGUCUGAACAACCACUUCAGAAUGAGGGUAAUUUUCGAGCUCUAUUGCGGUACGCAGCCGAAUCUGGGGAUAAAGAUCUUUCGGAGCAUUUGAUCACUUCUCAGAAGAAUGCCCUUUACACGAGCCCACAAAUCCAAAAUGAAAUAAUUGACAUUUGUGGUGAAAUUAUUCAACACAAGAUCAUUAACGAAGUAAAGGAAGCUAUUUUUUUUUCGAUUCUCGCUGACGAGACAACUGACAUUGCGCGUAUGGAGCAAGUCUCAUUGUGCUUGCGAUAUGUUGAUUCAAAAGAUGCGAAACAACAUAAAGUUAAGGAGAUGUUUUUAGAGUAUAUUCCAACUGUUGACGUGACAGGAUCCGGUCUUGCAAAUCUUAUAAUUACAGCUCUGAAAAAGCAUGGACUUGAUUGUUCUCAUGUGGUUGGUCAAGGUUACGAUGGAGCUGCAGCUAUGAGUGGGUAUUUGCACGGUGCCCAAGCAUUUAUUCGUCAAGACUGUCCUCUUGCUCUUUAUGUACAUUGUAGUGCACACUCUCUCAAUCUCGCUAUUGCCGACUCAUGUUCUCAAGCAGAAGUACGAAACUGCGUUGGAAUCGUACAAUCUGUUGGUUCCUACUUUAGACAUUCGGCUCAACGCACUGCUGUUCUGAAAGAAAAAAUUAGGGAUUUGUUACCGGCUGAUCAUCAAAAAAGCUUGCUUGCAAUGUGUGAAACACGGUGGGUUCAUAAGCAUGAAGCCGUUAUAAGAUUUAAAGAAAUUUAUUCAGCGAUUGUGCAUGCUCUCGAAGAACUCCAAUCUAGCCACAAUAAAGAAACAUCGCAACAAGCCGUCCAAAUGCUUAACACACUUCGAUCUUCGAAUUUUGUUAUGUGCCUAGUAAUUCUUCAAAAAGUUAUGAGCUAUACAUUGUCGCUGUCAAAGCAACUGCAGACAGUUAACGCAGACCUCAUAACAGCAUUCAGCCACGUUGAUAAUGUUAUUAAUGCUUUGCAACUUUUAAGAGACAAAGUUGACGAAGAGUAUCUCCAUCUAUAUGAAGAAGCAAAGGUGUUGCUCGAAGAAAAUGGUGGUAUACUGCUUAUGCCACGUAUUGUCGGAAGGCAGCUGAAUCGCUCAAAUAUUCCUGCGUCGGAUAUAUCCACGUAUUAUAAAUUAAAUUUAUUCAUCCCUUUUCUCGACCAUACAAUACAACAAUUGAUUGAGAGGUUUAUAAAACACCGUAAAGUAGUAUCGGCACUAUCUUGUGUGUUACCGUCAAAUUUUGCGACCAGUUGUGAAAUUGAAGAGGCAUUUUGUAUGUAUUCGACAGUGCUGCCCGAAAAAUGUUCAUCUGUUGUCAAAGCAGAACUUGAAGUGUGGAAAGCAGCCAUGACUCUCACAUCCCCUAUUCCAAAAUCAGCUCUGGAAUGCUUAGAUAACUGCGACCAAAAACUAUAUCCAAAUAUUUACACAUUGUUGCAAAUAUUGGCGACCAUACCUGUUUCCACUGCUACCCCAGAAAGGACUUUUUCAAGCCUAAGAAGACUUAAAAACUACUUGAGAAACACAACAAGUGAAAACAGAUUGAAUGGCUUGGCUCUCAUGAACAUUCACUAUAUGAUAGAAAUUGACGCGAAUGAAGUAGUGGAUAUAUUUAAAAAGAAAAACAGAAGAUUAAUUCUGUAAUGCGUUUAUAAGAGAAAGGCAUUUUUUUAUAUAGUCGAUACUGUACCACUGCUCAAAAAAGAACUUCCCAAAUUCUCCAUUUUCUUAUGAAUAUAAGGAUUAUUUUAUGUACUUUUGGUCUUUUUAUUUUCUUGAACCCCCCCCGAUACCAAAACCUGACUACG